AGCUCUCCGAUCUAUUGACUCUACUUCUCCUGAAAACAAAGAAAACUCCGAAAAAAAAAGGAAUCUGUCUGUGAACAAUGUCGUCCCCUGCUUGAGCUUUAAGCACGACGACAACAAGUCUCCUAUUUCCCCCGCCUAGUCACAGUCUGUCACCGUUACUCUCGGAAAUCUCAUGCACUCGGAGGACGGCAGCGAAGUGAUGGCUACGGCCGAUGGUGGUCAGCUAACCGACAACUACGCCAAUGCUUGGAGUGACUUCUACCCCAGCCGCGCUGGCUGUGUCUAUAAGUCUGGGCCUGCUUGGGAAGUCCGCAACGGCCCCGAGACGCAGGGAAUCGUCCGUCAGGCUCGUGCCGUCUACCGCCCCGACAUCGCGCCCAAGUGGGUCUCCAUCCUCCAGAAGAUUAUCGCGUGUCUCGACUCUGUGGGCGUAGACUUCACGUGCAUCAACCCCUUCGGCUGGGCCAACGAAGGGGAGGAGGAGCCCUUCUGUCCUUUCCUCCUUUCUGUCGGUGUAAUGCCCUAUUCGCUCGCCUACGGUGUCGCCGUUGCUGCUGCUGCCAGUGUUAAGGAGAUCCUUGCCACUUCUGGCCUCGCCGAGGUCGAGGUUGCCUUUGUCGAGAUGGUCGUGAAGCAUUCCGCCAGCGGACCCAGGCUGCUCCCGCUGGACCCCGUCCUCGACACCGUCCCCGAGUAUCGCAAGCACUUCAGCUCCGCGCUUGGCCUCCCCAUCGCACCGCUAGACACACCCUACUACGAGGGUACAGGUGCGCUCUACUUCCGUCUCAGUAGCCAGACCAAGGACAUCGCCUUGCUGACGUGCGCGCACGUCGCCCGGCCGCCUCCCGAGUUCCCCGACAACAAGGGUAUGACACGUACCAAGAACAGCCAGCCCAAGGAGUUCAUCGUCGCGCUUGGUUCUGGGGGCUACAACAGAGCCAUUGCUGGCAUGAUGACCGAGAUUGCCAAGCUUACUCGCGAUAUCGAUUCGUGGAGGCGCCAGCUGGAUCGUAUACCAGCUGCUAAUGCCGCGAAGCGUCAGGAGCUCACCGUCGAGGUUGAUAGGGCGACGAAUCGGAUCUACCAGCUGGACGAGUUCCACACCGCGGCCACCAAGUUUCGCUCCACCCCUGAGCUGCGUACUGUUGGUUGGGUGCUUCACUCCUCGCCGAUCCAGGUCUCGGGUGCGCCCCUUGGUUACACCGAGGACUGGGCCCUUAUUCAACUAGACCCCAAGAUGAUUGAGGAGACGUUUAUGGGAAACAAGAUCUUUUUCGGCGACAAGUUCACUUCUGGCGACUUCGCCGAACUGAUGUACCCCCACCACGAAGACCGCGCCAACUACAAGAUCCUCGACGACCGCCUCCUACAGGCGUUCGGCGUCGUGUCUGCGGCCGAGAUUAGCAACCCGCCGCACCUCGAAGCCAAUGGCCAGCAGUGCCUGAUCGUCAUGAAGAACGGUGGCACGACCGGCACCACCGUUGGCCGCGCCAAUGGGCUCGAGUCAGUCAAGCGUACGUACCCGGAAUAUGGCAUCGUGAAGCAAGACUCGCUUGAGAUUGCGGUGGUGUACUACGGCAAGGGGCACGGCAGGUUCUCCGACGGGGGCGACUCCGGGUCUAUAGUCGUCAGCAGGGAUGGCAAGAUCCUUGGAAUGCUCAACGGUGGCGCUGGGCCGACCUGCUGAGAUUGACGUUACGUGGCUCACGCCCUUCCAUUACCUCGACAGGCAGAUUAAGAAGAAAUACCCCGACGCCUUCCUCUACGGCGUUAAGAAUUAGGUAUCUCUUGCUGCCUCUGUCCCUUCUUCUAUCCCCCUCCUUUUUCCCCUGCCACCACUGUACCACUUUUU